UUGUCCUGGGCAGAAUCCGGCCGAGCGAGGCCUGGCUGCCGCUCUCGGGACGGGAGCUCCGGUUCGACCAGGCAAGGAAAGACUGGGGGCCGCUGUCUCCGGCGGGUUGGCCUCAUGAGGAAGGUUAAGUGGCAGUUUGUGUGGAAGAGCAACAAGAUGUUUUGAAGUAUGACAGAAGUACUGAUGCUGCACCAGAGGCUAGGAAUAUUAAUGGCCAAAUCUAGCAAUCACAUGGUCUUCUAAAGAAGUCAUGGGUAGCUGUUGUAGCUGUCCAGAUAAAGAAACUGUCCCAGAUAACCAUCGAAACAAAUUCAAGGUUAUUAAUGUGGAUGAUGAUGGUAAUGAAUUGGGUUCUGGUAUAAUGGAACUUACAGACACAGAACUAAUCUUGUAUACCCGUAAACGAGAUUCUGUCAAGUGGCAUUACCUCUGUCUGCGCCGCUAUGGCUAUGAUUCCAACCUCUUCUCUUUUGAAAGUGGCCGAAGAUGUCAAACUGGACCGGGAAUAUUUGCUUUCAAGUGUGCCCGUGCUGAAGAGUUAUUUAAUAUGUUGCAAGAGAUCAUGCAGAAUAACAGCAUAAAUGUGGUAGAAGAGCCAGUAGUAGAAAGGAACCAACAUCAAACAGAGAUGGAAGUUCCCCGAACUCCCCGAACACCUACCACACCUGGGUUGAGUGGUCAGAGUUUACCUAAUGGGUAUCCAAGAUAUCCCUCCUAUGGAGAUGCUUCAUCCCAUCCCUCCAGCAGACACCCCUCUGUAGGAAGUGCACGUCUUCCUUCAGUAGGUGAAGAAUCAACACAUCCUUUGCUUGUAGCAGAGGAGCAGGUCCAUACAUAUGUGAAUACAACGGGUGUACAGGAGGAAAGAAAAAACAGGCCAAGUGUGCGUACACCUCUUGAACGAAGAGUUUCUAAUGCAGAAUCAAGCAAGGCAAAAGAAGAAGAAAAUUGUUCUGAGGACAGAGAUGCCCAGGUUGUACUGGAGCCCGAAGGAGUCAAGUUUAUUUUGGGCCCAACACCUGUCCAGAGACAAUUAAUGGAAAAAGAAAAACUGGAAUCAAGUGGGAAUAGUACUCAAGCUAGUGGGAACAGUACUGAAACUAGUGCAAGCAGUAUGCAAGCUAGUGGGAGUAGUAACAGUGAAUGGGACACUGGAUACGAUAGUGAUGAACGCAAAGAAGCCUCUUCUGGUAAUAAACUAGCAUAUGAAAAUGUAAAUAGAUUGUCUAUACCUAACGCUCCAGGGCUCAGGAGAGGUCGUCUGAUAUCAUCCAGUAACUCCGAUACCCAGAAUAUCAACAAUUCAGCUCAAAGGAGAACUGCAUUGUUGAAUUAUGAAAAUCUGCCAUCUUUGCCUCCUGUUUGGGAAGCCCACAAGCUAAGUAAAGAGGAUGACGACAGUUUAGGACCAAAGACCCCUUCUCUGAAUGGCUACCACAAUAACUUAGAUCCCAUGCAUAAUUAUGUCAAUACAGAGAACGUAACAGUGCCAUCAAGUGCUCACAAAAUAGAAUAUGCAAGACGGCGGGACUGUACACCUACAGUCUUUAAUUUUGAUAUUAGGCGACCGAGUUCAGAACACAGGCAGCUCAACUAUAUACAGGUUGAUCUGGAAGGUGGCAGUGACUCUGACAACCCUCAGACCCCAAAAACUCCUACCACUCCUCUUCCACAGACUCCAACCAGACGCACAGAGCUGUAUGCUGUGAUAGACAUUGAAAGAACAGCUGCUAUGUCAAGCUUGCAAAAAGCACUGCCACGGGAUGACGGUACUUCUCGGAAAACUAGACAUAACAGUACUGACUUGCCUAUGUGAGCCUGGAAAGUGUUAGUUAAAUUUUUUGCACCUUUGUGAAGUUUUUUUUAAUUGAAUGAGUGCUCCAUUUUGAGUUUUAAAUGAUAUUACCUUACAUAGAUUUGUUAGAUUUUUUUCCUGAAUAUUUCAUGUGUGUGUUUAACGAAAGGGAAUUUAAGGUAGCAUAUUAAAUAACACUGUUUCAUUUUACAUUUGUAGUAACAGCUUUUGGACAGCAUUGCCAUAUUUUAUAGUGCCUAUUUUAUUGAUUAAAGGUUGGAAUAACAUGCCAGUUUUGACAAACCAGCCAUGCCUGAAGUUCCUAGAGGCUAGCAGGUCACUUUAGUCUUUCAUGGUUAUGUCCAUAGACUCACAUCUGCCAGUUGAAUGUCAUGCGUCAUAAAUGAGAGAUUCUCUGGUCAGUUUUAAUUGGAUUUUUUAAAAAACGGUACAAUUUCUUCUGUCCAGAAGAAUUGGACUGAAUUACUCUGGCAGAAACUAGAACUUAGUUGAUAGGAAAGAACUGACAACAGUCAUUCUCUAAAGACCUCUAUAUAGGAGCAGCUUGUUACACUGCUGAAGAGUGCAACUCUUUAUAAAGCCGGAUUUAAAAAUGUAAUAGCAUAUAAGGUGCCAUUUCUUAGAGUGACUGGCUUGGGAGGGAAAAAACCUGAUGAAAUCAGCAAUAUUGUAAGCAUACAAGGAUCAUUUAGCACAGUUUUAAACACUUCAUGAAUUAAUGACCAGAUGCACUUUAAAACCACCUACAAGAAAUGCAGCAACUAGAAUUUGAGGAACAUGUUCUGUUGUAGCUUGCAUUUCAGGAAGUCUAUGCUGCAGUGUUUCUUUUUCUCUAUCAGACUGAAAUUAACAGUGACUAAUGUGAAGCAGGUAUCCCAUUUGGAGGAAAUAGUUGGUAUUGUGCUGAAGCGCUAGAAGCUCUUUGGCCAGAAUCCAAAGGCCAAUGUUCUGCAUGUGCAUUGGGUGUUUCCCACUGCUUUCUACCCAUCAAAGUUACUCUUGAAAGUCAGGGUAACCUCCCAGAACAGCCCAGGGUAUAGAGCACAUGUUACUGUAAUCUUGCUUGAUGCUAAAGCAGAUAGAAACUGAUCAGUGCAUGGGUGGGAGAUCUCUUUGGAAUCCUAUGUACACUGCCUUGAGUUCCAUAAUGGAAGAAAGGUAGGAUAUAAAUAUAAUAAAAACAAAUACAAUUCCUAGUAACUGGGGUGGGGUGGGGGAAGCAAGCAACCCCUUAUCUCACAGGGAAAACCAUCUGCUCAUGCAUUGAUUCCAACCCAUGUAAUUGUGUUAGACUUGUUUUUAGCCAUCUUGGGGAAAGUUUGCACCUUGUGCAAAGUUUGCUUGUCACUGUUGGCAUGUGAGACAUCACAACAGUAUUCCCUUUCAUCAGAGUCUGAAAUCAGCCUUCUAUUAGGCCCACUACAGGUUUCCAAGUGGCAGCUUCAGGUUCUUCUGUACAGUUGUACUAAACCACAUUUGUGAUGUGGUUCACAAUUAUGUUGUAUCUAUACUGAGAUCCUUCAAAUUUUACUUUACUCUUCCUUUCUUCAGUUUUCAUUUGUGUGUCUGUGUGUACAGUAUUUAGAUUGCAACUAUUAAUUUUGUACAUAGACUUUGUUUGAAAUAUUUUAUGUGCUUUGUCUUAUUCAAUUUCUACAUUGCCAUGGCUUUUGGAAGGCCUUUUGGUAAUAUUGUCACUAACAGAAAAACCUUAUUGAUUGCAUGCACAAGGAAAGAAGAAUUACUAAUAGCUGAGGUUGAGAAGUGCUGUGGUGCCUUAGAAAAUAACUGGUAUGUGCUUUCAUGCCUUGGUUUCUUUCAGAAGCAAACAAUUAUAGGUCAGUUUUGUAGUUUGAAGGCUGGAUUUGAGUACAUAUGUGAUGUACUGAGGCACAUUCUGUAAAUAGUAGUGCUCUUCGGUUUUGUGAGACAGAGAUCCUGGUCCUCUUCCAUCUGUAUUGGCAGAUCGAUCUCGGAUUCUAGCAAAAAUCCCUUACUAUACUGCCAUAGUCUCCUUGUUUUGUGAUGCUGGGCUGCUAGCAGUAUGUUCUUUCCUAAGCAUUGAGCUUGCUGCCACAGCAAGUCUUGGUACCUGAGUAGCUGCUAACAGUACAUACAAUCCCUGAAAAUAAUUUUAAAAACACAUUUGUUGUCAAUAGCUGAUGCCUUAACUACUGCUGAAUCUUCCCAGUACAUUCUAGCAUCUUUUGAUCUUCCCUGGUCAAAAAUCCCUCUGCUGUAGGAUAAAGAAGCACAUAGGGUUGCAUGCUCAGUGCAAGACUCAUGCAAUACCAGCUAACACAGGCUAACCUGAACCUUUGAUAGUAAAGGAAGUAAUUGAUAUUGUAAAUUAUUGUGGGACACUUGUCCUGGAGUACUGAAUAAACCUGUGUGCAACAGAUCCAGUUUUUUAAAAAAAGCUGUCUUUGCAGCGGGUGAGCAAAAAGAGUUGGAGAGCAUCCUGGAAAAUACGCUUUUCUGUUCAGUUUUAAACUUCUAGCCUUCAUUUCUGUAGUAGAUUAGGCGGCUGUAUAUUGCCUGCACUAACUUCCUGGUCAUAUUAUAUGGGAAUGUGUUCAGAUAUCCUGCUAAAUAUAGUAUAGAAAUAAUAAAAGGGAUGGUUCAUUGUCAGAUAUCAAGAGGGUGUUAAAUAUCUUGUCUUUUCUAUCCAUCUGUGAAAAAGUUUGGUAUAAAAAGCAGCUCUGGUUUUGAUCAGCAAUGCAAGAGACUGCUGACACUCAAGCCAAUGGCAGACCAAGUGUGUCUGAAUAAUAUGUAAGCCUCUUGACCUAUACGGUAGCAAUCUGUGCUGUGACUGCCAAUACUCCAUGCUGUUCAGGGCCAGGAUCUUCCUUGGAUACGUGGAUAUUGCAAAUUGUACACUAGAGUGCGCUAGGUAGAAUAUGCUACCAUUUUCUUUCUGUAUGUAAAUCCUCCAUUUCAUUAGUUUCCCCAAGAAUUGUCUUUGCUUCUUAUGAACCUGAACACCACCUGCUUGCAUGCAUGUUGGAAAGAAACUAGGAUAGUUCUUUCGGAUUUUCGAUCAGCUAAAGUAGUUUUCAUAGCUUCUUUCCCAUCUUUUCAGUAAAAUUAGCUGGUUUGUCAAAUUGAUGGUGGAAAGUGCCAUCAAGUUGCAUCUGACGUAUGCCAUGUGCAUAGGGUUCCAGGGCAAGAGACGAACAGAGGUAGUUUGCCAUUGCCUCCCUCCCUGGUCUUCCUUGGUAGUCUCCCAUACAGGUACUAAUCAGGGCUUACCCUGCUUAGCUUCCAAGAUCUGGUGAGAUCAGGCUAGCCUUAGCUGCUAUCGGAUCACAAGAUAUGCACUUUACUGGAGACCUAUCAAAGUUGUGGCAAGAGGUUCAUCAUCUGCAGAUAUGGGGCUCCUUUUUCUUUGUCAUUAGUAUUAAUAUUUGGAUUGGACUUGCAGAUGUGCUUAGUGGGAAAGCUCCAAACAUAUACUUAUAGUGGAAAUAACCAGCAUAACAAAAAAAAUCCCUACAAAAUCCUGUGAAACGUGGCAACACUAUUCACCCAUGUGAUACCCUAAAAUAAUGCAUGCAUCUCUCUGGUACCUCUGUGAUAUAACUUUAGCAGUCAGUGAAUCCUUAACUCAUUAUUAUGAAAAAGGUACACGUGUGUGUGCUAAUAUUUCCUCAUUUUAGGCCUUUACAAUAUAAUUUUGGAGUUUUAAAAAAAAGUACCAGAGCCUUUGUGACAGCUUACCAUACUAACAAGAAUAAAACCUCACCAGUUUUAAUAACAAGGAUGUGCUUCAUUGUUUUGGAAUUCUGGAAGCCGUCUCUAUAAAAUCAUAGAUCUAGCUCUUGGAUUAAUGAUUGGUCUGUAUUAGGUGUCGGACCAAAUCCUAUUAGGCCUUGCAGUCAAAUCUGUAUAUUGAUCUUACUUUGUAUGUUUUCCUUCAAAGGGCCAUGUUCCCAAAGAAAACUGGAAUUGGGGCAAAUAGGGGCACAAUGGAAGGCAGGGCAAAGUAAAACUGAACUGUGCUGGCUGCUGGAAGCCUGUUCCUUGGUUACAGAAAGUCCUACUGAUCCCCACUCCUGCUUCAGAGAUUCAUCAGGUGUUGCAUCUCUAAAAUUGUGCCACAUGUAGGCUUUAAAAAGAAAAAAAAAAGAGCUUGCACUGAGUCUGUAUUGGAUGCCACCUUCUGUGCUUCAGCAGUUCUGUAAACAUACACAAUAUAUACACAGCCCUUACAAUCCAUGUCCCAGACAGUUACCUUGUUUAUUUCAAUAACCUCAUCAAUUGAAUGGAGUAACUUUCUAUCAAAAUGUGCGUGAAGAUGAUAUUGCUAGCUGUUAGAAUUUUACCGUGAAGCUGUGUUGAUAUAUUUUUGCGGAAGGCAUGACAAAAAUGGUCAUAUCAAAUGUAGAAGCUAUCUAUUGUUGCCAACCUCCAGAUGUGACCUAGAGACCUGAAAUUAAGACUCAUCUAUAGACUAUAGAGAUCCAUUCCCCCUGGGAAAAAAUGGCUGCUUUGGAGGGUGGACUCCAUGACAUUAUACGCUGCCUUCCCCAGACUCCACCCCCAAAGUGCCAGUAAUUUCCCAUCCUAGAGUUGGCAACCCUAGUAGUAUCACUGGAGGGCAGAUUAUUUUGGAACAAACUAAUGCAAGGGCUGUAUCUGCUUCAUUGUGUGUUGGUUUUUUAAUAAAAAACACGUACCACUGAUACUUGUGCAGAGAAGGGAGCAUGGUUGGUGUCGCAUCUCAUCAAUCACUGUUUGGUGCUCAGCUUCCUGAUUUUCUUGCACAAAAUCAUGAAUUUGAAAAGGCACAAGUAUUUUUCAACGUUAGUGGGGAUUGAGUCUUUCCUGUUGUCACUGUUUAUAGCCACCUCAUUCACUAUCAGAGCAUCUGUCUUUCCUUUCACUAAUUUUCAAUGAAUUUGCACUAUUCUUCCCAUUCACUUAUACACCUUAUAUAUUUUGGCUUCAAACAGCAGGCUUUAGUUUCUGUUUCAUAAUCCCAUAAAUCUCCGAUGUUCCAAGUUCAAAAUUGUCAUGUGUUUGUGUGUUGUUCUCCCUUUCCCCCAAUCUUCCCCCUCCCGCCCCACUAGACUUACUCUUAAACACUAUGCUGAAGGUAGGGAGUGUGUGGUUGAAAAUGUAUAAAUUCCAGCAGUGGGAGAUUCCACACAUACAGGAUAUUUGUCAAGAUUUAUUUCUGGGCUAGAAAGGGAAGGUGUAAAAUGAUACGUUAAAAAAAAGUUGGUGCAGGUAAAGCUUAAAAGUGCAGGUUGCACAAAGUUUUGUCUUGCUGACAGUAUAGAAAUGAGUAGCCUGAAGUUUAAAAGCAAAUAAUGAAGCCCUGAAUUAUAUUUGCAUACUUAAUUAGCAAUAUUGGCUAGAUAAACAUUUUCAGCUCUGUAUUGAUGCUCUUUUCCAUCGUUAGAGCUAGCCAAUAAAGAGUUUAAUUGUUUCUUCAUAAAUUGUCAGUAACUUUAGAUCUAGGUUAUUACUUUCUUUGUGAAUAGUACCACAGUUAUAUCUCAUGGUAUUUCCAUAGUAACAGAAGAAUCAGAGACUAUAUUUAAGUUGUAAUGAUGUUAAUUUUCUCCUCGUGCUAACAUUCUUAAAUACAAACGGACAGAGCUCCUUUACUUUUAAUAAUUGCACACAAGUGGAAAUUUUAGGUCCAGCUUUUCUAGCCUGUCAGUUUUGUCCCUUUAACUGUUAAAUGUACAUGAGAUCUGUUCUCCCUCGCAAAUUGUAUGCAUCAUAUCCCAUAUGCCCCAGGAAUCCCUUUGGAAAUUCUUACAAAAAAAGAACUAUGUUAAUAUGGAGUUAAGGUUCCUGAUAUCUGUUUCAUGGUAUAUGUGCAAGCAAGUUAAAACUUCAUUUUACAUUAUUUUUCAGUCUUAUCUCUCUCUUUUUUCUGAUAAUGCAGAUCAGCAUUAACUGAUCCACUUCAGAAUGGCUCUGUCCACAGAUAUUAAAAGGUCUUCAUAAUUACUGCUCUUGACGUGUGGCCAAGAUGUUUUGCCAAAUGUGUGUUCUAUAUUAACACAUGGUUUUGUGUGGAAGUAGAUUUAAAUUUAAUACAGCAUUGCCUUUAUAUUUCACACAGUGUGAGUUUACUUUUAACAGUAUAUUUGCAAAGGGCAUUUAAAUUGUAAUUUUCAUACUGGUAAAUUAUAUAUUUUGUAAAGUAUGUUCUUUCUGCUAUAUCCAUUACAUUGUAUCUUUUUCAUAUAAACAUGAACAUAGGACCAUCAUUCACAAUUAGAUUGUUAGGUUUCUUGACAGAGGAUAGUCUUUCAAGUAUGUUAAGGACUUGUCACAAGAAAGGUGGUUUUCCCUGAUCAGCUGUUUUGAACCUAUCACAGAAGGGCCAGACCUUCAGCUUACAGAAGGUCUACAUAGCUUUCUAUUUAAGGCAUACAUAUAUCCUUGUUGCUUUGGUUGAAGUAUCUCAAGGCUAUAUGAUGAGCCUUAAGCAAUAUUAGGACAACCUGAUGAUUCCUGUAAUAUUGUGAAAUUAGCCACAAAUCAGGAUUGGUAAUGCCAUUUUCCUUUGUGCUUGUGAAGAAGGGGAUUAUUUGAAUAAAGUCGCAUCUUAGUUCCCUCCCAUGUCUCAGCUCCCUUCUUUAGGCAGAAAAUUUAAAGUCUUCCAGCUCAUGGCGUGUAUGUUCUAUUAGCAGAGAGUAUGAAAUGUCUAUGUCAAACAAGAUGAUGUGGUUAGCAGACUUCACAAAUGACUAUUUUAAUUCUGUUAAUGGUCAGAGUGAGAUUACUGUCUGAAUUUUGCUUUUCUUAGUGCUUUUUUAAAGGCAUUUUUUUCUCUGUGUGAAAUACACUUUAAAAAUGGAGAAGACCCUUCACUCAGGAAUUUCUGUGUACUUUGCUUUUGUUUUUAAUAAUGGGUGUCAACAACCUUAACUCCCUGUUAAUUUCCAAUGCAAUAUGUAUAAAUAUAUAUAUAAAUAUAGUAUAUAAAAUACAUAUAUAUGGUACUAAUUCUGUAUUUUCCCUGAUAUUUGCCAAACCUUGAAUGCAGGCAGUUGUCUUGGUUGUAAGACAUUGAUUGCUACUGAAUGUAUAGGAAAUGCUUCCAUUUUGUAAAAGAAAAUAGUGUUUGUUACAUAUACCGUGAUUUGGUGUGUCCCAACCAGCAAGUAUGGUGCCUUUCUUUCUUUUUUUUUUUUUAAAAAAUUAAGCAUAACAUUUCAUUCCAUUGUAGCAUCACCUGCAACCAUGUCUUCUGAAACAUUGUUUGCCUCUUUAACCACACAGUGGUUCUCAAGUUACGGUACAAAUGAUCUAAAUCUUAACAUGAAAACAGACAGUAGUUCAGUAAUCACCAGUGUGCCACAAAUGCAUUUAUGAAAUGCAUAAAUAUACAUUUCUAUAAAAGCCAAAACUGUCUUUGUAUGUUACUUUGUCAUUACAUUGUAAAAUACUGUAAAGUUGUAUGUCUUAAUUUUGCAUUAUAAAAAUGUUUUCCUACAUAAAGGCAUCAAUAUAGCAACUUUGUAUAAAGGUAGCUUUUUAGAGUUUAUUUUAUAAAAAAAAAGUCUAAAGAGUUGGGUAUUACCAUUGCCAAAAUCUCUCUCACACAAAAAUUCACGAACUGUUUGAACUUUCCCUUCCCCUCAGUUCUUGUUGAACAUUCCAAGCUUCCUUUUGAGACAAAGUGAUAUUAUACUAUGCAUAGUAUGUUUUUGUUUUCCACCACCAUGUACUACCAUUUAAUUUUGGCUUGCAUUUUCAUUGAGCUUACCAGAUUUCCAUUUUAAAAUGUAUUCCGUAAUAUUGACAACACUGUCCCCUCACCAGUGCCAGCUUCAUAAGAAUUGUAGCAUGGCAAUAAAAUAUUGAUUUUUUACUA